GAGCAUAACCGUGGGCUAAUCCAGCUUGUAAUGUCGCUGUGGCACUCUGGGGGUUGAAUAACAGGACUGAUGUUACCCAAAACAUGCAAUCUGAGCGAGUUUGUUUUCAUGUAGGGAUUGCAUGUAGUCUAAACCCAGUGAUGAGUUUCUUUCAUUGCCGUGGAGGCUCCGAGUAUAGUAGGCUUUGUGGGGACGUAACAACGUGCUCAUCUUGCUGGAAAUACUAAUCUCUGUUUCUUAAGUCGUGCUCUGUCAAAAAUCAGGGAUAUCCUACCAUCAUUAUUCCCCAUACGGCUAUGUUAUGGCUACGAUGGGAGCUGUUAAGGUAGGUUAACUCACUGUGAAGUCUCCGCGAAGCUGAGAGCUGAUGACGUUGUGUUGAAUGACCAAUGGGAAGGCGCUGCCCUUUGGAGACAAACCAUUUUACUUGUAGUGUCUGCAUCAAGUCUGGAAGCCAGAACUCAAAUUUAACAGAAUCCACCUUAAAAUCUCUGCCUUUACUCAUGCUCACCUUCCGCCACACUGAGCGAGCAUUAGCCGGAAGAAAAAAAACGAAGAAAACUUGGAGUUAAUAGGGUAAUAUCGCCUUGGAGAGAAGGACACUUCGAGAGAUCCAUUUGGAAUUGAGGGACGAGGAGGGGGGCGACUAAGUGCUCUCAAAGCAGAAAAUUUGAUGAUGACCAUGACUACGAUGGCUGACGGGCUGGAAGCUCAGGACUCGUCCAAGUCUGCUUUCAUGGAGUUUGGUCAACAGUCGCACUCACAACAGAGUUCCCCGUCAAUGGCUGCCAGCCACUAUCCGCUCCACUGUCUUCACUCCGGGUCCCACGCUCAUCACCAACACGACAACUCGCCGUACUCCGCCACGAAUUCGUACAACAGGUCCAUACCGUACUCGUACGUGAGCCAUGCCCAUCACAGCCCAUACCUUCCGUCGUACCACAGUAACAGCACCGGCGGUCAAACAAGGUUAGAUGCCACAGAACAGCAGAAAACAACAGUGAUCGAAAAUGGAGAAAUCCGAUUCAACGGGAAGGGCAAAAAAAUCCGAAAACCCCGGACCAUUUAUUCCAGCCUUCAACUCCAAGCGUUAAAUCACCGUUUCCAGCAAACACAGUAUCUUGCACUACCGGAGAGGGCUGAGCUGGCAGCUUCGCUUGGUUUAACACAAACGCAGGUAAAAAUCUGGUUUCAGAACAAGAGAUCGAAAUUCAAGAAGCUUUUAAAACAAGGAGGCAACCCGCACGAGAGUGACCCACUGCCCGGGUCCAUCGCCCUUUCUCCGCGCUCUCCUGCAAUCCCCCCAAUAUGGGACGUCUCAGCCUCGACAAAAGGAGUGAACAUGACGCCCAAUAGCUACAUGCCCGGCUACUCUCCCUGGUACUCGUCACCGCAUCAAGAAUCAAUGCAGAGAUAGGCUGCCAGUAUCGACUAGGCCCAAGGCCUCCCCGAAGAUCUUGUAAUUCUAAUCUACCUGCACAAUGACAUCCUCAAGCCUCAAGAGAAAGACUCCGUUCACCUGAAGGAGUGAUUACAACAUAUACUGAAGGAUGACAGAAGACUGUCCUUUUCGAUAAAGGUCGAGGGGCAAAGGAACUAACCAUUUGCAUCGCUUUUGCAUUUGCUGUUCAGUGGGAUUGCAUCUAAUAUGCUUUAUUUCCUGUCAUAAAGAGACAUUUUCAGAAACCAAAUAUACCACCAAAUACCACGUUUUUGGAACAGGACUUAAUACAGGUUACACUACGUCAUCAGUCUGAACUGAAAAUGAAUGAACUCAAACUGCUGUCUUUGCGUCACUAAUGGUUGUUUUUUUGUAAAAUGCAAAAGAAAGCAAUCUGUGUAUAUAUUGUCUGACUUUUGUUGUACAUAUACUUUUUAUGUUUUGUCUUUCGUAAAUGGAGUAAACCAUGGCUUCAAAUAAUG